AUGGGGCCUUAUCCUGCGCCUCCUGUACAGCAUCAGCAACAACGCCAAUCAUUCUCGAUGAAGCUCUAUAGCAUCCCACAUGAUAUUUGGUUAAGCAUCAAGGACUUUCUGGUCCCAGCAGAUAUUGAAAAUAUCAUGGACACCGGUCGCAGCCUCUGGCUGCAGAUCUUCAAAGAUUUCUCUUGGAUUGAUACUGCCGUGCAGUCUGGUCAAGGUUCUCCUGUUCUUAUUGGCCAUAACCUGAGUUCCUUUCGCCCUAAAAAGCCUUCAAAUCGUCUCUAUCUUUCUCUUGUUAUGAAUGAUUCUUCAGGUGAUCUCCGUGAGACUAGUCAAGCCUUCUUUUCUACGCUCCAAAACGGCUGGCGAUAUGAUGAAGGAAAAUUUGAAGUCUACUUCCCAUCUGGCAUAACCUUGAAUAUCUAUGAUAUCAUCGAGGGUGAUGAGACGAUAGAGCUACCUUUGGAGAAAAUUUUUGCAAAUACAAAAAAGGGCCCCUACACGGAGUACUGCUACUACAAUGAUCACUCAAUAAAGGAACUGCAGUCAUCCGAUAUUAUAAAAUGGGAUCCUCUCUAUAAAACCGCCCCACAUGCUCCUCUUGGUUGGUGGAAUGGCCCUUCAAGCAAGGGUAGAGAUCUAAGUAAGGGCUGUAAACUUACGCUUCUGGAUGGGAAUACUGAAACGGUCUAUAUUAUACGGCCGAGGCGCGUGAAAAGCAAACUAUGGGCGAAAAUAUCAUAG